CGACAAUCCCCUCUCGCAUCAUGGCUCCCCUCCUCUACCUGGUUCGACAUGCAGAAGGCCAACAUAAUGUAAAUCACGCUGUUCACAUCAAGGAUGCUACUCUGACCGAAGAAGGCAAGCGCCAGUGUCGGGAACUGCAAGACUCAUUCGCCUACCAUGACACCAUCAACCUCGUCUUGUCGUCGCCUCUCCGUCGGGCGAUCCAGACUACCGUACUAACCUUUGGUCCGACGCUAUCACGUAAGGAGGUACCCUAUUUAGUCAUCCCGAAGGCCCAAGAAGUGAGCGGCCUCACCUGCGACAUUGGCCAUUCGAAGCAGGAGCUUAGUGAGAAUCUUUCUGAGCUCUUUGCUGGCAAUUCCCUGCAGUUUGAUUUGAGCAAGAUCAACUUCGACGCCGUUGAAGAGGGCUGGAACGUCAAGAGCGGAUACUGGGCUCCUUGCAAAUCCAAGAUUACACAGCGUGCCGCUGACCUAAGGAGCUGGCUAUUCCGGCGUUCUGAAGCUCAUAUUCUUCUCGUCACACACGGAGCAUUUCUGCACUAUCUGACCGAGGACUGGGCAGGUGAUGAUCCCGUCAGAGGAACUGCCUAUCUGAACUGUGAGGUUCGUGUGUUUGAGUUCACCCCCAUGUCUACAGCGCAGGAUGCACAUAUUGUUGAGACGCCACGGAGCCGGAAAUCGCGAGGUGCUUCGCUCUCGGAGCACGAUCCGCAUGUCUUGUCUGAACUCAUAUCCCUGGAGGCGUGA